AACAAUUGUUUCAGAAUUUGCUGGAGCAGGUGGUUGAACAACUUUCAAGGGUAUUUAAAAUUGAUGAACUGAAAACUGAAGUAUUUAAUCAACUGGCAAUGCUGGAGAAGAGAGUGGAACUGGAAGGACUAAAAAUAGUGGAAAUUGAAAAGUGUAAGAGUGACAUAAAAAAGAUGAGGGAUGAAAUGGCUGCAAGGAAUACCAGGACCAACUGCCCUUGUAAAUACAGUUUCCUGGAUGAAAACAAAAAGCUGAUACCCCGAAGGGAUGUCCCCUCCUAUCCUAAGUACAUGCUUUCUCAGGAGACAAUAGGAGCUCUUAGGAAACCAACGUUUGAUGUCUGGCUGUGGGAACCCAAUGAGAUGCUGAGUUGUUUAGAACAUAUGUAUCUUGAUUUAGAAUUGGUGAAAGACUUUAACAUCAACCCUAUCACACUGAAACGGUGGCUGCUAUGUAUUCAUGACAAUUACAGAAACAAUCCAUUCCAUAAUUUUCGACAUUGCUUCUGUGUUACCCAGAUGAUGUACAGCAUGAUCUCACUCUGCAACCUCCAGGCAAAGAUUUCUCAAAUGGACAUCUUAAUGCUAAUGACAGCAUCAGUGUGUCAUGAUCUGGAUCACCCAGGAUAUAAUAACACGUACCAGAUCAAUGCACGGACAGAGCUAGCUGUGCGCUACAAUGAUAUCUCCCCACUAGAGAAUCAUCACUGUGCGGUGGCUUUCCAGAUCCUUGCACAGCCAGAAUGCAACAUUUUCUCCAGUCUUGAUAAGGAACAGUUCAAACGGAUCAGACAGGGGAUAAUUACAUUAAUCCUAGCAACAGACAUGGCACAGCAUGCUGAAAUUCUGGAUUCUUUCAAAGAAAUCUUAGAUGAGUUUGACUAUUCAAAUGAGGAACAUGUAACUCAGCUGAAGAUGAUACUGAUCAAGUGCUGUGAUAUCUCCAAUGAAGUUCGCCCAAUGGAAAUAGCAGAACCAUGGGUGGACUGCUUAUUGGAAGAAUAUUUCAUGCAGAGUGACCGGGAAAAGACUGAAGGUCUUCCAGUGGCACCUUUUAUGGACCGAGACAAAGUGACCAAACCAACAGCACAGAUUGGCUUCCUCAAAUUUGUUCUUAUUCCAAUGUUUGAAACUGUAACAAGGCUUUUUCCAGAAGUUGAAGAAGUAAUGCUCCAGCCACUUUGGGAAUCCAGAGAUCGCUAUGAGGAGCUGAAACAAAUAGAUGAUGCUAUGAAAGAGUUUCAGAAGAAGAAGAAUGAAAGUUUGGCAUGUGAAACCAGAGAGAAGUGAAAAGCAAAGCACAAAGAAAGCAUUACAGUUGACAAAAAAGAUCCCUUAGAAGUAUGGCAAGUUCAUCGAAGCAUUGUGGGAUUAUCCAGCACAGACAAAGGAUGAAGCUGAAUAAUUAACACUACUCAAGCACUUUUCACAUUCCUUUUCUAAAGACUAGUAUUUUUCCUAAUGGGUACAAAUGUUAAAGAGCCACCAUUGUUGCA